UUCCGGAUUUGGACCCACAGAAGAAACUGGAAAUCCUCUUGUAUUUAACGCUUCGCUAUGAACAAAUAAACUAACCAUACACCAGGAUUGAAAUUUUGUACGCCAGGCGCGCGUUUUGUCUACAAAAGACAUAUCAAUGACGCUCGAAUACAAAAAAUAGGCCAAAUAAGGCAAUGAGCCGCAUGAACUGCAAGUUGGCGACUCUUAUUUUCAACCUUGAAAUGAAAGAAAAGAGGAAAAGUGAAGUGAACAGUUUUCUGUAUACCCUGAGAGGUCAGCUUCUAGUUCUACACAGAUAUCAAGGAGCAAGAUGAUAUAUAGUAGCAUCAACUGAAUGUAGAUGUUAUGCACUCAGGUUUCAACAUGACCAUUUCCAAGCAUACUGCACUGUGGAUGGCAUCAUUAUCCAUUGUUAUUCUUUUAUUGCUAUGUCUCUUUUGGAAUGAUCCAAUAUUGAAGAGUAAACAGUAUAUUGUUCCACCGCCAAGACCUUAUUUAUUGCCCCAAAAAUCUGGUAAUCUGAAUACAAACUUAGAAUCAUCUGGUUCUUAUAAACCCACAGAAGAGAAAGAAGACAUAGCUAAAAUACUUGAUGUUGCUAAAAGUAUGGAAUACAAAAAGCCUUUGUUAGUUACACUUAUCAACAAUGCUUAUCUCCCCUUUACCUACAGCUGGCUGUGUAACACUAAAGACAUGGAUAUUCAUAAGCAGGUCUUAUUGAUUACAACGGAUACUGAGUCCAAAGACCAUCUGAAUACAUUAUGGCCAGACGUCAAAGUGGUAGCUAUUUCAGGAAUGCCAUCAAAAGGAGAUCAAACCUAUAGCCAUGCUGGCUAUGUACGACUUAUGAUCAGACGGACACAAAUAUUGUUGAAAAUGUUGCAGAAUAAUAUAGAGAUAUUCUUGUUUGAAGUUGAUUGUUUGUGGAUAAAAAAUCCUGUCCCAACAUUAGCAAAGAACUCAGAUUAUGACAUUUUGGUAAAUCCAGUUUCUAAUAGACCUGGUUUAGUUGCAGGAGGUUUUAUAUACAUGUUUCCUACUCAUGCAACGAAAUAUCUGUGGAAUGCACUGAAUAAUAAACUGGAAAAAUUGGAACAGAAGAUAAGGAACUUACCUCCUGGGAGAGGUAUUUCUGAAGGUGAAAAUGACCAAAUAUAUCUAUCUGAUUUAGUGAAGAGAAGGGUUGAUGGUUCAAAAUGUAAAACUUUGCCACUAACAGAAUUUGCAGAUGGUAAAUGGUAUUCAUUUCCAAAUAAAACAAGGACAGCAUUAGAUCCUUAUGUAGUUAACAAUAACUGGGUAAAUGGUAACCAGAAUAAAAUUUCAAGAGCAAAAGCCUGGGGACAUUGGUUUAUCAGGAAAGAUAACUCUUGUGAUACAGAACAAGUGAAAAAAAUUGUUAAGUUUUGAUACAAAUUUUAUAUAAGCAGAAAAGAGUUCAAAAAAAAAAAUUAUCGUACUAAGUUGAGAAAUAGAAACUGUAAAAUUAGUUCAAAUGACAUACUUUUUAGCCCACCUGGCCCAAAGGGCCAAGUGAGCUUUUCUCAUCACUUGGCAUCCGUCAUCCGUCGUCGUCGUUAACUUUUUACAUUUUGAACUUCUUCUAGAAAACCACUGAAUGGAAUGAAACCAAACAUGGCAUGAAUAUUCCUUAUGAGGUGCUGACCAAGUGUUGUUACUUUGUAGCUGAUCCAUCAUCCAUCGUUUAGCAUAGGACCAUAUGGACAAUACAUACAAAUGUCUUCUUUUAGAGAACCACUGAAAGGAAUGAAACCAAACAUGGCAUGAAUGUUCCUUAUGAUGUGCUGACCAAGUGUUGUUACUUUGAAGCCAAUCCAUCAUCCAAGAUGGCCGCCAGAGAGGGACUUAGUUUAACAUAGGACCCUGGGAAAUACAUACAAAUGUCUUCUGUAAGAGAACCACUAAAUGGAAUGAAAUAAAACAUGGCAUGAAUGUUCCUUAUGAGGUGCUGACCAAGUGUUGUAACUUUGUAGGUGAUCAAUUAUCCAAGAUCGCCGCCAGCGGGGACUUAGUUUAACAUAGGACCCUAUGGGAAAUACAUACAAAUGUUUCUUUUUAGAUACCACUGAAUGGAAUGAAAUUAAACAUGGCAUGAAUUUUCCUAAUGAGGUGCUGACCAAGUGUUGUUACUUUGUAGCCAAUCAAUCAUCCAAGAUGGCUGCCAGAGGGGAACUUAGUUUAACAAAGGACCCUAUGUGAAAUACAUACAAAAGUCUUCUUUUGAAGAACCACUGAAUGGAAUGAAACCAAACAUGGCAUGAAUGUUCCUUAUCAGGCGCUGACCAAGUGUUGUUACUUUGUAGCAAAUCCAUCAACCAAGAUGGCUGCCAACGAGGGACUUAGUUUAACAAAAGGACCCUAUGUGAAAUAUAUACAAAUGCCUUCUUCUAGAAAACCGCUUAAUGGAUUGAAACCAAACGUGGUAUGAAUGUUUCUUUUGAGGUGCUGACCAAGUGUUAUUACUUUGAAGCUGAUUUGUCAUUGUCCUUAUAAAGUCAUUUUCUACAAUUUCAAUGAAUUUAUUGGUAAUUUCUGUAAACUUUACAAAAGUCUUCUGCUUUUGAUUAAAUUAGGGGGCCAAUAUUAAACCAAAUUUGGCCUCAAUCAUUAUUAGGGUAUCUGUUAUGAUUUUAAUCUAUUUUUACAUGAUUUUCAAAACCAAAGUAGAAUCAGGUGAGCGACACAGGCUCUUGAGAGCCUCUAGUUUAUAGAUAAGAUUGCUUUAAAAGAGAAUUCAAAGAAAUAUAUCAUCUUUUUAUAUAUAUAUCUGAUUUGUCAGCACCAAAUACUUUUUUAAAAAAAUUGAAAAAGAAGCAAUUUUUGCAAUCAAGGAAUUCUUCUAGUCAUUUACUUAAUUAUGUGUUCACCAAAAUGUAUUCAUCAGAAUAAUAAGAUAUUGUCUGUUUUUGCUUUUUUCAAUGAGAAAAUGUUUAUCAGUAUUAUUAUUCAUUGCUGAGAUUUUUUUUACCCUUUUCAUUGAGAAAAUAACACUUAAAUUUGAUAUACAUUUAAAACACAAUCGACGUACAAUGUACCGGUAUAUAAAAUAUGUCUGUGAUAUUGAGAGAUCUCAAUGAAAAGCAUUAUCAAUGCUACUUGUAUGUUUUUACAAAUAUUUAUCAUUUUAUGACGGUGGACUUUUAUCAAGAACAUGUAAAAGAGUUUAUAUAAAUUUAGAAUUUUAUAUAUACAGAAGAUGUUUUGCUAGUACUUAAUUAUUUUACAUUCUUCUUUUUUUAGUUGUCCGAUUUUGUAUAUAUAUAUACUGUUAUGUUGAAAAAAAAAGUAAGCAUCAAUUCCAGUUUUGCUAUUGACAAGUUUUACAUAUUAUCAUGAAUGUCUGAAACAUUCCAGAACUGAAUUCAAAAUAUUGGCUGCUAGAUAAUUGUUUUUUCUAAAAAAAAACAACAAAAAAAACGACUGUUAUAAAGAACUGAAAACAUUCCUGUUCACUCGAGAUUAUUCAACAUCAUAUAAGUAAUAUCGGUUGCUACUGACCCCCUUCAAGAUCCAUAGAGGGUUAGUAAAAUCCAUAGGGAUUGAUACCAAAGGCCAAAUCCUCUAUGGAUUUUUCUAACCUUCAAUGAAUCCAUAGGAGGUAAGUAGUGAACCGUAUAACAAAUUUAAAGCACAUUGUACUUUUCUUGCCAAGUUUUGUAUAAAAUUAACAAUAAAAUACAAUACCAUUAAUAGAUGACAUCACCAUUAAUAGUAGACGUGAUGUCAUGAUACCCCUUUAUAAUCUUCUAACCCCCUACAUAUUCAUAGGGAGCUCGAGUCGUCACACGACAGUCACUACGUCACUAAUUUACCCGAGGUGCGAUAAAUGAUUUUAUGAGGCCAUGUUCUGACAAUAUUUCUGGACAAAUUGUUGAUUAACUGAACUAUUGUGAAUUAAUGAAACCACCACAAUGUUUCACCUAAGUGGACUAGAACAUGAGGCAUUCCAUGUUCCGUCCAGUCUAGAAAUGUUUAUAUGUUAGUUAGACAUAAUAUUGUAAAUUAUACAGUCUCUUCUAGUUAUUUGUUUGUUUAAGUGCAAUUCUUUUACAUAUACAAUAACUAACCAAGGAAUUCAAAUAUUAAAAGUAUUUGAGUACUGACUGAUCAACUCAUUCAUCCACAAAUGUGCCUAGUACAUCAUUGAAUUCACUCUUCUCCAUCAUCAGUUGGAUUUUUUUUAUAUUUGAAUUUUUGGAUUAGUUGUUCAUUUUAUUACAUUGCCUUUUAAAGCAUAUAAAGUAAACAAUGCAAGGAAAGAUAUCUUUUUUUUUAUUAUGUUGCUACUUUCAUUUUGAUGCAAUGUCAUUGAUAAUGUCUUCACAACACUUAUUGCUUUUCGUUCUCAGAGGCGUAAAGCUACAGGAUUUCUUUAUAAAAUAAGUAUGUGCAGAUUUGUUUGCUAUUUUAUUUAGCCAUGCUGUAAUUUUGUGUAUUUGUCCGAUGAUGAUAGCUUCAGGUUUUUAUUCACUGAUGAAUGUUGAUGUUAUUUUUUAGCCAAAAUCUGCUAUGAUGUUAUUAAAAAGAAUUAUUUUAUAUAAUUGUAGAUAGUUGUGUGUUUUGUAGAAAUGAUUUUAAAGUAUCUCAUAACUCUUUUUAUAGUGGCUCUUAUUGUUUUAAAUGUUACUGUGAUUUUUUCAAUGUGUAUGAAUAUAUGUCAAUAUUGAGGUGAGACUUUAAUGAAGUAUUUUUCUCAUCUCGACUAUGUGAAUUUCGGUUAAAUUGUAUACUUAUUUUGUGUUUGUCACAAACUUAUUGUUUAAAGUUUAUAUGGCAAUAAACAUUUGAAUUUUUGAA